AUGGACUGGCCCGGCUGGGUCGACGACGACUUCGACGCGCUGGGUACGACCGGCCAGGCCAUGUCGGUGCUCUACGUGAUCGGGACGACAGGGGCUGGCGUGUCUAUCGCGGUGAGUCUGUGGACGAUGUGGAGCGCGUCGCCACUCUCGCCGCCGUCGACGAUCCAGUUCCUCGUGCUGUUGGUGAGUCUUAUCUUUUCGGGUCCCUACGGCAGCACGGUGCGAAUGACAGCUAAUUCGGGCAGACGAGUAUGA